UCCAUUUUCCCCAUGGCGAAUAUCAGCAGUGACUCUGGGGAUGCUCUUCAUGGUGUUACCUGUGUCCAUCCAGCUAUUUCAAGCUAAAUAGAUGAGUGAACAGCAAGUUUUCUACACAGAGUUGAACAAGAAAAACCUUUCUCAGUCCCAGCACAAUAGAACAAACAACAACAGGAGCAAAAAGUCAGGAGAGGAGGAGGAGAAGUUGAAACCACAUAGGUCUUCCCAACAGAAGAGCAAACCAGAGAGACUCAAUGGCAAAGAGACACGUGAGCAGCAGGUGACUUAUUCAGAACUGAACAAGGAAAGGCUUGAUCUGCCAUGGAAGGACCAAAAAUCAAAGGGCACGAAGGGCAGAACAUCAGUGAGUGAGCAGUCAGUGACCUACACAGAGCUGAAACUGCAUAAUCAACCACAGAGGUGCAGCCCAUCUGAGAAUGCCCAGAGCAAAGUGACCCAGCAGCAAGGAGUUUCUACAAGCCCCUUUCCAAACCCAUCUCCAAAUACCAUCAACGAUGCAGGAUGUGACCGGGCCCCUUGUCCAGGGGACUGGAUUGGGUUCAGAAACAGCUGUUACUUCUUCUCUAAUGACAGAAAGAACUGGGGAGACAGCAAGUCAGCCUGUGCAGCUCAGAAUUCCAGCUUGCUGUGGAUAGACAACCAGGAAGAGCAGGUUUUUCUGGCAUUCUUUUCCCUCUAUGCAUGGAUUGGAUUGUCUCAUAAUGAACCUGGUAAUUCCUGGAAGUGGGAGGAUGGCACAGAUUUCUCCAAUCAUCAGCUCACUCUCAUAAAGAUACAAACGGAGGGUAAUUGUGUCUUUCGAAGUGCACGCUAUGACUAUGAAGGUAACUGUGAGGAUCUCAAGUUCUUCGUCUGCAAAUGGAGGACUCAUAGUUAGUCUAUGAAAAGCCCCAAUACUGGAAUUUCAUCUCAAUCCCAUCCCAGGUACCUCCUUACAGAGAAUUCUGUUUGCUCAUCUGGUCAGCUGCCCUGAUUUCUUGGUCACCAUUGUUUAUACAAGUAAAAGUGUUCCUGGACAGAACUGGACAUUGCAGAUCCAAGACAAGCAGCAUCACCAAUAUUACAGGACCUCAUGAGAUAUUUCCCGUCUAAGCUCAGUGACUCCCAAUUGAAAUUUUAAUUCCAUUACAGCUUCUUUAAAAAGAUAGUGAGAUCUCUGUUAUAUAAUACAACACCUCUCACCUUAUACACUUGGACAGUGUGCAGUACUGUGCAAUAUCCUGUGGCUCACCACAGGUAAAUAUUAUGGAUGAAAAUGAAAUUGUU